AUGAAUCUCAAACUCCAGCGCGCUCUGCGCAUUGCGGUGCUUGAGUGCGACACGCCCUUGCCGGAGACGAAGAAAAGAUUCGAAGGCUAUGGUGGUGUGUUUGAAUUCUUGCUUAGGUCAGGGGCAAAAGCAUUGAAUCGGCCGGACUUGGAUCCAGAGAGCGGCCUGGAAUUUUCCUUCUGGCAGGUUGAACUGAAUCCAGACAAGUAUCCCGAUCCCGAGGACAUUGAUGCGAUUCUUAUCACCGGCUCAAAGCACGACUCGUUCGCUGACACACCAUGGAUCAACAAGCUGGUCGAUUACACGGCGAAGAUCUUGUCGGAAACGAAUGUUCGAGUAAUAGGCGUCUGCUUCGGGCACCAGAUUGUCGGCCGCGCACUGAAGGCCAAGGUUGGACGUAAUCCCGAUGGCUGGGAGGCGGCGGUAAAUGAUGUCCAGCUGUCUGAGAAAGGGAAGGAAUUGUUUGGCGUUGACAAGCUUCGUAUACACCAAAUGCAUCGCGAUUGUGUCUUUUAUUACCCCGAAGGCGUCGAAGAACUAGGCUCCUCUCCUGUCUGCAAGGUUCAAGGCAUGUAUUCGCCGAGACGACUCAUGACCACGCAAGGACACCCGGAGUUCAACAAGGAAAUCAUGAGGGAGAUUGUCGACACCCGUCAUGCGACCGGCAUCUUCGACGAUAAGGCUUACAAGGAACACAUGGGCAAGGUAGACCAGCCGCACGAUGGCCUGAUUGUCAGUCAAGCGUUUUUGAAGUUCUUGUUGGAGCCAUAG